CAAUGGAAGAUAUACUUUGGAUUUCAUGAAAUGGUGGAUAACAAGUUUCUGGAGACAGGUUUCUGUGAAAAUUCUGGGAUUUGAGUGUUUGGAAUGUGUCUAUCCUUUGCUGGAUAGUACUACAGUAGAAAUGAUAGUGUUGCUAUCCUUAGCCAAGCAGUAUCAGGGCUAAGCAGUGUCAGACUGUGUCAUUGAAUUACUUUCUCCUUGUUUUUAUUUGUCACUCAUGUAUUAGAAACAUUAUUCUGAUUAACCUGUUUUUUUUCUUCAUUGUCUUUUAGAAGAGAUAAACAAAGAAGCUGUGAAUAUAUUGGAGGAGAGAAGAUUUAAGAGAGGAUGUCAAGUAGAAGACAUGAGCAUUGGAACCCUUCAAAGAGGGUGAAGAGGGCUAACAAGGAGGAGAAUAUGUGGGAUUGCAGCGUGUGCACCUACAGAAACUCUCCGGAGGCCUUCAAAUGCCUCAUGUGCGAUGUCCGGAAGGGCACCUCCACAAGAAAGCCUCGGCUAAAUGCAGAACUGGUAGCAGCACAGGUGGCUCAGGUGGUUCCUCCUAAGGUCAAGAAGUCGGAGCGGAAGGACAGAGAACGGAAGGGUGAGGGGCGCAACUUACAAAAAGGCAGACCAAGAUUGAAGAAUGUCGACAGAAGUACAGCCCAACACAAUGCUGUCACCGUGAACAAUGUGACCGUCAUCAUCACAGAAUUCCAACCCAAGCAACGCAAAACUUCAUCUGGGAACAGCUCGGCCACGACCAAUGGAGACACGUCCCAAAUCAUGUCGUCGUCAGAGGCAGGAUCCAUCUCAGAUGCGUCCACAGACACACGCAACGGAGACAUCACCACUGAGUCCCGGAGUUCAUAGGCCACUCACCAGAGUAAACCCAGCGGGGUGUGCGUUUUCUCUGCAACAGAAAAAACAACGGCAAAAAAAAAAACGGAUCUUUUUUGGGUCUUAAUGAAUGUCAUCAGCCAUGCAAUUGAUUCUAAUCAGGGCAGCCAUGAUUUGAUAGCUAUUUGCAGAGUCCCAGACCUGCAUAGCAUUGGGCUGUGAUUUAAAAGAUUUUUUGGCUCCAGCAAUGUGAUGCUAAAAGAAACGUGAUAUUGCUCAGUGGCAAGAGCUGGAACAUGAUAUUUUUGCUUUUAUCAUUUUCAUUAUAAUAUAAUAAUCACUUAUUACUAGUGUUAUUAUUAUUAUUAUUAUUAUUAUUAUUACUAUUACUAUUAUAAUUAUUACUAUUAUUAUUAUUAUUAUUAUUAUUAUUAUUAUUGUCAUCAUCAUCAUGAUUAUCAUUUUAUCAUUCAUUGUUAUUCCCCAUUUCUCUUUUUAUUUAUCUUUUUACGGUAAGAAGAGAUUGAGCAAGCGAUGCAAGUGAUGGAAACGUCAGGACAGGACACCUUUGAGAGAAAGUGGACUCUCGAUUCGGGUGGCAGAAGGGCCGCGAGGGACACUCCUUUGUAUGUACAGUUUGGUUAACCUCAAAGGUACUAUUUAAACUAAUGGCAUGAUGACCUUUGUGAAGGUAAAUAAACAAAGCAAAAAAAAAACAAAACAAAACAAAAAAAAACAAUAAAACUUAAAAAGGAAAAAAUGUCCAGUUGAACAGUGUUAAAAAAUAUAAACAAAGUUAAUGAUUUUUUUACCUCCAAAAAUUUGAAAGCAAAAUUUAAGAGAACCUCUUCAAAGGAUCUGGCUGAAGCGUUACCAGUCUAGUUAUUAGGCUACCAUUUGCGUACGAUUUCAGAUCUUUGAUGAACCCCUAUUAAUUCCCCAAAAGAACACCCAGGAGCUCAAGACGUGUGGGUUAACCAUGUUACGUGAGCGCUGCAAUGGAGGAAAAACAGAAGAAGGAAAUUACACCCAUACAUUUCAAAGUAAAAGAGAAGUUGUCAUUAUUAUGAGUGUUGUUAUUAUCAUUAUUAUUAUUAUUAUUAUCAUUAUUAUUAUCAUUAUUAUAGUUAUCAUUGUUUUGGUUAGUCUUUUUUUUUUGUGUGUGUGUGUGUGUCUUUCCGGCUUUGUUUGAAGAGGGUGUAAUUGCUAGGGGGAGGGUCUCGUUAUGAUAAUGUACAAAUGCAUCACGUUGCCUUGUUAACAUUGACUUGUAAAAAAAAAAAAGGAAAAAAAAAAGUAGCAUCAAUUCCAGAGGUGCCACUUGUGUGUUUUACUCAGUCAGUUGUUUGGACUAUCUAGCCUCCUCUGUAUUUUUUGAUGCUUGGUAACAAAUCUAACACCCAUAUAUCAGAUUAUAGGAGUCAUGUUAAUGCCAAGAAACAUUUCUUUUUUUUCUUUUUUUUUUUUAGAGUUAGGAUUUGGGCUGUAAGUCCUAGAUGUAAAUUUGUAAUGAAAAGAAAAAAAAUGUUUUAGGUAGUGUAAUAUUUUGUGUGCAUUUUGUGCUUGAGUGCCUGGGUGUGCACGUGUGCGUAUGUGCGUGUGUGCUGAACGUAUGCAUGUGUAUGAAGGAAUGAAAAAAAAAAAAAAAAGAGGUGAAAGGUUUGAUACAUUUUUGCUAAUGAUGAAUGCAACUGAUGGAGAAAUGCCCACUGGCUCUUCAAUUUGUAACAUGCUGUUCCAUACUUGUUUAGGCAUUUUCUAAGACGUACUACAGAUAGACAGAUCUUUUCUCACUCUUUCUUCCUUUCAUCUGUAGUAAUUGUAUGUAGGAUUCAUAUUUUAAUAUCUUAUUUGACUUCAUCAUAAAAAGUAUUCAUCAAAGCAUUGAUGAGGAUUAUUCACAUAAUGGUUGUAUUAUAGUUUCUCCCAUUCAUCCAAUUUUAUUGUAUUUAGCAACCAUUUUUAGAACAUCUUAUCACAACAAUGAAGAUGCUUUUGCACUGAAAGCAUUAGUGUUGAUUUUAAUGAAAGAGGAGUCACCUUCACUAGUAUUUUUAAUGAAGAUUGAUUUGCAUGGAAUUCGAUUGGUGUCAUUAUUUUCUGUAAUUAGUAGGAAGUGAUACCAUAAGUCCGUUAAAUGCAGUGACAGAUGUUUGUGAUCUAAACUGCCAGACAAUUUUAGCCUUGAGUUUGUACUCGAACACUUGACCGCCAAAAGCAGUUGAUACUGUGUGCACCAAUUUCUUAUUUCUUGGUACAUGUUUUAUAAACUUUGUAUAUAUUUUUUAAUGUUUAAAUUAUUGUUUUUCUCUUUUUUGAUAUUAUUAUUAUUAUUAUUUUUUAUAAUUGUUCAGAAUAAUGUCCCACUUUUAAAUCCAGUUUCACAAGUCCAUUUACUUUUUAUUUUUUUUAUUUUAUUUAUUUUUAUUUUUUUGUAUAUAUCAAAACCCCCAGUGACUUGCUAAUCAUCCCUUAACGAUAGAAAUGACUAGCUAGACGUGACCAUUCCACGCAACCAACUUGCAAAUUUGUCAGGUGAGCUCUUGCUUUGUAGGCCGUGUCUUGUAUCGAGGAAUGUGAAAGGUGAACAAGGGAGGCAUUGUUUUGUUACAAUUAAGUCCACCUUUAGGGAAAAAAAGAAUUAAUUUCUCUAUAAGAAUGUUGAAGUACGUAAAAGGAGCCUGAGGGAAGAUAACUAGAAAUCUUGUAUAUAGUGUAAUAUGUUGGUUAGAAGGAAAUGGUAGGAGACUGUGUCACACGACGCAGGUGUAACUGCUUUUGAAGAGACAAAUUUUUUUGUUUUGUUUUAUUUCUUUUCUUUUUUAAUUAGAUGAUUCAAAUCAAUAGCGAGUCGGAAAAAAAUGCUACUUCAAUGAACUUUCAUGAAACUUUUAGGAAAUUGUCUUUUAAUAUUUUUCUUAAAUAGGAACUUCUUCAAGUUCUUUCAAGUGUGGAAUCUGAUAUGUAAAAUAGCUGAAUAUAAAGUGGCUGUGAUAUGAGGAUGAAUUGUGUGAUUUACACCAUUCAAAAACAAAAAAAAGAAAACAAAAAUGCAAAAGCUAAAAAAAAUGUAUAUGAGGUGUUCUCACAUUGUCACUAAUUUGUAUUUGUAAGGACUGAGAAUGUAGAUAUAAUGAUUAAGUUUGAUAUUGAUGAAAUAAUCCCAAUGACCCUAGGACAGUGUUUGUAAAAUUGUUGCAGCUUCCAUUUUAGGCAUCUUUAACAAUGGGUUUGUUUGAAGUGAUUUUUCUGUUAGUCCGCGUACAUCAGCUGACGAUUGGGGGGUGACUAGAUUGCACAAAAAAAGAAAGAAAGAAAGAAAAAGAAAGAAAGAAAAAGCUGCAGAAGUGCACCCUUUCACGUCAGUUUAUUCACGAGACUGGAAUUCACCGUCCGGUCCUCCUUUUCAUUCUUGCGUAUAAAUAGCAUUUUUUUUUUUUUUUUUUCUGAUUCUUAACCUGUUGUCUUUACAUGCCAUGUUCACUGUGGUUUGAACUUAUUAAUUUUGUUGAAAUGCAUAUGGCUCCACAAGUGCCUAGUCACCAAGGGGUUUAUUAUAAAGCCUUCCAUAUCUUGCUUAUUUACCCUGUUCCUGUACAUUUUUUAAAUAAAAGUUAUUUUACUAUUAUUAUUGUUAAUAACAUUACAAUAAUAAUGAUAGUUUUAGAAAUAAAAACUUUCUCUGAAAAUUUAAGGAAUGGGGUAAACAGGUGAAGUUUAGUAGGUUUAAUAAGUAAAUGCUUAUGUAGCCAUCUGUGUGUAAACAAAGUUAACAAAACAAGAGUGAACAGUAAAUGUUCCUGGGGCCAAUGGGUUAAUACAUCUUGAUCCUGCAUUUUUAAAUUUGAUUCACUUCUUACUUGCCCAUUUCUGUAAUUACCAUGUAUGUUUCAUUAUCAUCAUUUUGUCAUCUGUAUCUGAUAAGUCAGAUUGUCCAGGAUUUCUCAACUUUCUCCAUCAUACUUCAUUUCACAACAAACAGUAGUUAUUCUCUCAUGUAGUCAGGUCUCUUGUUCUUUUCAGUACAGUAAUGUAAAAAAAAACAAUAGAGUAAUACUAAUAUAUAAAUUUGUUUUUAAUCUGUUGACAUUAUUAUUAUUUUUUUUUAUGAAGUUUCAUCUUUAUAGACAUUUCUUUUUUCACUUUCUUCUGAAGUGUAUGAUCAGUAGCUAAUUUUGGCAAUCAUAUGAUUUUAAGGACAGUACUGAAGAUGGCUGACUGUGUCUACAUAGCUCUCUAUGUAUUUUUUUUUUAUGUCUCAUUGCCAAUGUAUGCCAUGUAUGGAACAUUGAUUUUGCUAAUCCAAUCCAGAAUCUUAGCCAAGUUUGUUGUCGAAGUGUGAGAGGUUUAGAGUGCGAGUGAGAGAGGAGUUUGUAAAUGAAUGAUUUCCUAUGAAGGUGGUAGAUGUUGAUUUAAUCCACUGCCUAAGAGUUUACACUUGUAGUGUCACUUAGUAUGUAUAGAUGUUAAAAUGCAUCAUAUUGAAAAGUGAAGUUGGGUGCUUCGACACCAUGUUACUGCCAGGUAAAUUUAGAUGUAUUGAAAUUGUUAAUUUAAGAUUAAAAAGGUCUAGAAGAUACAAGCACCUUUGUACCCAAGACUUUUUUCUUUUGUUUCUCCUCCAUGUGGAAGGACUGUAUGCUGUAAGGGUGUGUCAGCCCUAGUUAAUUUGUGUAUCUCCAGUUAUAUAAGUUAUUAACAUAAAUUCCAGUAAACCUGCUUCAUCAUUUUACUAUAGAGAAAUAAGUCUUAAAAACUAUGGAACAAGGUCUGGUUACCCAAUAUAAUUAAGAUGCCACUGCAUUGUAUGUCUACAGUUUUAUGUUAGUACAUAUCCAGUUGCUGUAGGUAAACAAGAGAGGUAUCAGUUUUGUAGGUGGAGCAGGCUUCACAGCAUGUUUGCCAUAUAGGAGAGAUGUCUGCUUAACUGCUAUCAAAGUCUCUGAUUAACUAAAUAUUUAUUUGUACUCAUGGAAUAUGUAUAUUUUUUAGUUUUUUUCUUGGUUGAUCCAAGUGAUUUUAGUGCCUAGAAUAUACAGAAAAGGUUUUUUUUUUUUUUUUUCAUUUAUUUUCAUUUUUUAAUACAUGGGGAAUCCUGAAAAGCACCAAAUGUUCUUAUUUGCAUUUCCUGUGUACAAUUACAUAAUUACAUGUACGUUUUCUUUCCCCACCUUUUAUACAAGGUCAGGUGAAAAUUGAAGAUGUAAUAGGUCUUGAAGUAUAAAUAUAGUACUUCAGUAAAUUUUAUGAAUAGAUUUUUAAACUGAAAUAAAACUACACUUUCUUU